AUGUCAAAAAGCAAUCAAAUUGAAAUAUUCUAUAAUGAAUAAGUUUCUCCUAAAGAAUCAAAAAGAAUGAAAUGGUUUGUUUUAUUUGCUUAUAGUUUUUUAGCGUAAACUUUUAUUUUAUUAAUAGAUUUUCGAAUGUGCUUGGAUUUGUUAGUUAUUCCCCUGUUUGGUUAAAUGCAGCAAUCUAUUAUGAUGUUGAUGCAAAUGACUUAUAUUGGAUAGGAAAUUUAUAUUACAUUACAUAUUUUGUAUUUGCGCCGCCUUUUAUUCCUUUAUUAGAGAAGAGACUUGAUUUAUGUUUAUAAGUAUCUUCAAUCUUAACAGCUGCAGGAGCUUGGAUAAUAUGGAUUGGCAAAUAAAGCUUUUUUAUGUGUUUAGUUGGUUAUUUUUUUGUUGGAGUAAGUGAGGCUUUAUUUUUAGCAGUUCCUGUUUGUAAUUAUUCAACCUUAAGGUUUUUGUAGAUUUAUCCGAAGUUUGGUUUACUGCAUAUGAUCGUACUUUGGCUACAUGUCUAGGAAGUUAUGCUACACUUGCAGGAAUCAUGGCUUCGUAUACUUAUUCAUCAUUUCAGUUUUGGGAUCUAAUUGAUCAAGAAAUUAUUAAUAUCAAAAUUGAAGAAAUGAACUUUAUUAUCGCCAUCUUAAAUACAAUUUGUGUUCCAUUAUGCUUUCUUUUCAUUAGAAAAACUAAUUAAAUAAUUAGGAAUAGUGAAGUAAUUAAAUAUUCUUAUAUAUUUAUAGGAAAAUGUGCGAUUUUUUAAAUAAUUCUUUGACAUUUUUAGAAUUGAAGAAUUCUCACUAGAUCUAUUAGCAUUCGCAAUUUUUAUAGGGAUUUCAUGGAUUUAUAUUUCAGUUAUUUCUUUAUAACUUUAUCCUUUUGGAUAUACUUAAUUGGAGGUAGGAAUUGCUGGUAUCUUUUUUACAGGAUCAGGGAUUAUUGCAGGAAUAUGGAUCUCAUUUAAAUUAGAUUAAUAAGCAAGAUAAGGGAAAUAACCAGAUUAUGAUAGUAUAAUAAAGUAUACAACAUUAAUGGGUUUUUUGGCUUUACUAUUGCAAGCAUUUCUGAUAUCUUACUUGCCUUUUUGGGUAUUGAUAAUAUUGAAUAUUUUAAAUGGGAUAGGAUUAAAUGUUAUAUAUCCUAUAGCAAUAGAAGCAUUUGUAGAGAAGCUGUAUCCAUUAAAGUCGUUAAUUAUAAGCACUUGGAUUUUGGGAAUAGCUAAUGUACAAUUCACAAAUAGACUUAGAUUUUGGGCUUUGCUUUAAAUUACAUAUUAGUAUUGCCAACAAUAGUAGAAUAUGGAAUUUGGUUAUCUUUAUUAAUACUUACUCCAUUUUAACUUUACUUUAUAUUAUUUUAUAAAUCUAAAUUUAGGCGAUUUGAAUUAUCAAAUUGA